AACCGGAAACUUACGCCUAUACCGCUAUUCGUAGGAAACAGCAUAUGGGACAGCAUAUGUCGGAUUGUAUUGCUGAUCAGAAAUAUGUUAUUUAAAUGAGCUUCGCAAACAGUUCUUGGCAUUUCGGUAUUUCCCCAUUCAAGCAGAUAGGAGUUGAUUUUGCAUGAGCAAAACAGCUGCCCGGAGGCGAUGAAAAUAUGGCCACCGAGUGAACCGAGUUUACAAGAAACGGACUUUAACUACAGUGACACCAGAGAGCAGAUGAACGGGUCAGUCGGGCCGAUGCGUGUGUUGGUGACAGGCGGCAGUGGGCUGGUGGGGCGAGCGAUAGAGCGGGUGGUGAAAGAGGAGAGCGGAGGGAGAGAAGGAGAAACAUGGAUAUUCCUGUCAUCCAAAGAUGCCAAUCUUAUGAGCGCUGAAGAGACGAGAGCAGUCUUCGAGAAACAUCGUCCGACACACGUUAUUCAUUUGGCCGCCAUGGUGGGAGGACUCUUCAGAAACAUGAGACAGAACCUGGACUUCUGGAGGAAUAAUGUGCACAUCAAUGACAACGUGCUGCAGGCGGCUCACGAGUUCGGCGUGGUGAAGGUCGUUUCUUGCCUUUCCACAUGUAUCUUUCCAGAUAAAACCACCUACCCUAUAGAUGAGACCAUGAUGCACAACGGUGCCCCGCAUGAGUCUAAUUACGGUUAUGCGUACGCCAAACGCAUGAUUGACGUCCACAACAGGGCAUUAUUUCAGCAGUAUGGUUUGAAAUACACAGCCGUCAUCCCCACCAACAUGUUUGGACCCCAUGACAACUACAACAUUGAGGACGGUCACGUGAUGCCGGGGUUGAUCCACAAGACGUACCUGGCGAAGAAGGAAGGUAAACCUCUGCAGGUCUGGGGUUCGGGUCGCGCUCUGCGGCAGUUCAUCUAUUCUCUGGAUCUGGCUCGUCUGUUUCUGUGGGUUCUGAGGGAGUACGACGAGGUGGAGCCCAUCAUUCUGUCAGUCGGGGAGGAGGAUGAGUUGACUGUAAAGGACGCUGUGGACGCUGUGGCCGAAGCAUUCGGGUUCGAAGGGGAAGUUAUUUAUGACACUAGCAAAUCAGACGGUCAGAUCAAGAAAACCGCCAAUAAUGCCAAACUACGCAAAUACCUGCCAGACUUCAAGUUCACGCCGUUCAAACAAGCCGUCAAGGAGACGUGUGAUUGGUUUGCGGCCAAUUAUGACUCCGCCCGUAAAUAAAGAUCUUCGCAUCUGAUUGGCUGUGGGGAGUUUGAAC